AUGCGCUCUUGUGCCACUAGAAGGUGCGCUUUUCCCCAUCUUCCUCUCUGUAUUCGAUGUUCUUCAUCUUCCAUCAUUCUCUCUUCCCCUUCUCCCCUCACCCCCAAGUUCUUUGCUCAUUCUCAAACCCGAGAUGUGAAUAGCUUUCACGACUCCAUAGCUUCAUUCAUUCGCUUACUCCAUCAGCAUCCCCCACCUUCCAUACUCCAAAUUAAUAAGAUUUUAGGAUCACUUGCCAAGGCUCAGCAUCACCGCACUGCCAUCUCAUUGUUUGCACAAGCUGAGUUCAGAGGAUUCACACCCGAUUUAUUUACAAUCAACAUCUUGCUCAAUUGUUACUGCCAUUUGGAUGACAUGUAUUCUGCUUUCUCAAUAUUGGGAAAGAUUCACAAGAUGGGUCUUCAACCGGAUACUGUAACUUUAAAUACGCUGAUUAAAGGACUGUGCAUUGGGAACCAGGUUGGGGAAGCAUGGGACUUCUAUGACGAGCUAACGGCCAAAGGAUUCCAAUUAGAUGAAAUUAGUCAUGGAACUUUGGUUAAUGGGCUAUGUAAACUUGGCAAAUUAAGGUCUGCCAUUAAAUUGAUCCGAAAGAUGGAGAGGCAUUCAAUUAAGCCUAAUGUAGUCAUAUACAGUACAAUCAUUGAUAGGCUUUGCAAAUAUGGACAUAUUGUUGAGGCCCAUGCAUUGUAUUCUGAAAUGAUUGAUCAAGGACUUUUACCGGAUAUUGUCACUUAUAGCUCUUUAAUCCACGGUCACUGCAGCAAGGGACAAUGGGAAGAAGCUAAUUGGUUUCUCCAUGAAAUGAUGCUGAAAGGCAUCGAGCCUAAUGUUUAUACAUUUAAUAUAUUGAUUGAUGUGUUCUGUAAAGAAGGAAAGAUCAUAGAAGCUGAAGUUAUUCUUGGCAGGAUGAUGAAAUGUGGCGAGAGACCUACUGUUGUAACUUACACUUCGUUAAUGGAUGGGUAUUGUUCAAUGGACAAUGUUAAGGAGUCAAAACAAGUAUUUAAUAAGAUGAUUCGUAGUGGGCUGGCACCUGAUGUAGUUAGUUUUAAUAUCUUGAUUGCCGGAUUAUGUAAGAUCAAAAUGGUUGAAGAAGCUACGGUUCUGUUUAAAGAAAUGCGUCACAAAAACGUAGAUCCCAAUACCUGGGCUUACAACUCUCUUAUUCAUGGCAUGUGCAGAUUAGGAAAAAUGUCAUAUGUGCAGGACCUUGUUGAUGAUAUGCAUGAUAGUGGUGUUGCCCCAGAUGUAGUCACUUGUAACAUUUUGUUACAUGCAGUUUGCAAAAGCCAGCAUGUCGAACACGGGAUUGCAUUAUUUCAGCAAAUGGUUGCCUUGGGAGCUCAGCCUGAUUUGCACACACUUAACGUACUUAUUGAUGGUUUGUGUAAAGGUUAUAGACUAAAUGAUGCUUGGGAGAUUUUUGAAUACCUUUUGAGCAAAGGCUAUCGUGUAAAUGUCUACAUAUAUAGCAUUAUGAUCAAUGGCCUCUGUCGACAAGGGCUUUUUGAUGAAGCCAUGACUUUGCUUUCAAAAAUGAAAGAGAAUGAAUGCCUGCCUAACUCAAUGACAUAUAGAAUACUUCUUCGAGCUCUUUUGGGAAAAAGUGAGAAUGAUAGAGUAGAGAAUCUUCUUCAUGAAAUGAUUGAUAGUGAAUCAUGGGCCUUCUUGCUUCUGAGGAAAUGGGACAUGGCUGAAGCGGGGAGAAGGAAUGAUGAGUCUAAACAUCAUCGCACUGCCAUCUCAUUGCUUGCACAAGCUGAGUUCAGGGGAUUCACACCCGAUUUAUUUACACUCAACAUCUUGCUCAAUUGUUACUGCCAUUUGGGUGACAUGUAUUCUGCUUUCUCAAUAUUGGGAAAGAUUCACAAGAUGGGUCUUCAACCGAGUACUGUGACUGUCAAUACGCUGAUAAAAGGACUGUGCAUUAGGAACCAGGUUGGAGAAGCAUUGGACUUUUAUGAUGACAUCAUGGCCAAAGGAUUUCAGUUAAAUGAAGUUAGUUAUGGAACUUUGGUUAAUGGGCUAUGUAAACUGGGCAAAUUAAGGUCUGCCAUUAAAUUGUUCCGAAAGAUGGGGAGGCAUUCAGUUAAGCCUGAUGUAGUCAUAUACAAUACAAUCAUUGAUAGCCUUUGCAAAUGUGGACAAAUUGUUGAGGCCCAUGCAUUGUAUUCUAAAAUGAUUGAUCAAGGACUUUUACCCGAUAUUGUCACUUAUGGCUCUCUAAUCCAUGGUCACUGCAGCAAGGGACAAUGGCAAGAAGCUAACUGGUUGCUCCAUGAAAUGGUACUAUUGAUAGCCAUCGAGCCUGAUGUUUAUAUGUUUAAUAUAUUGAUUGGUGCAUUUUGUAAAGAAGGAAAGAUCAUAGAAGCUGAAGUUGUUCUUGGCAGGAUGAUGAAAUGUGGCGAGAUACCUACUGUUGUAACUUACAAUUCAUUAAUGGAUGGGUAUUGUUCAAUGGACAAUGUUAAUGAGUCAAAAGAAGUAUUUAAUAAGAUGAUUCGUAGUGGGCUGGCACCUACUGUAGUUAGUUUUAAUAUCUUGAUUGACGGAUUAUGUAAGAGCAACAUGGUUGAAGAAGCUAAGGUUCCGUUUAAAGAGAUGGGUCACAAAAGCGUAGAUCCCAAUGCCUGGACUUACAACUCUCCUAUUCAUGGCAUGUGCAGAUUAGGAAAAAAGUCAUCUGUGCAGGACCUUGUUGAUGAUAUGCAUGAUAGUGGUGUUGCCCCAGAUGUAGUCACUUAUAACAUUUUGUUAAAUGCAUUUUGCAAAAGCUGGAAUAUCGAUCAAGGGAUUGCAUUAUUUCAGCAAAUGGUUGCCUUGGGAGUUCAGCCUAAUUUGCGCACACUUAACAUACUUAUUUAUGGUUUGUGUAAAGGUGAUAGAGUAAAUGAUGCUUGGGAGAUUUUGAAUACCUUUUGA